GGCCCGUGGAGCCGGCAGGGCCCGGCGAUCGUGCCGCGGCCGCCGCGAGCGAGGGGGUGAGCGCGCGUGGGCGCUCGCCGCGCCGGGACCAUGGUGCAGCAGACCAACAACGCGGAGAACACGGAAGCGCUACUGGCCGGCGAGAGCUCGGACUCGGGCGCCGGCCUGGAGCUGGGCAUCGCCUCCUCGCCCACACCCGGCUCCACCGCGUCCACGGGCGGCAAGGCCGACGACCCGAGCUGGUGCAAGACGCCGAGCGGGCACAUCAAGCGGCCGAUGAACGCCUUCAUGGUAUGGUCGCAGAUCGAGCGGCGCAAGAUCAUGGAGCAGUCACCCGACAUGCACAACGCCGAGAUCUCCAAGCGGCUGGGCAAACGCUGGAAGCUGCUCAAGGACAGCGACAAGAUCCCUUUCAUUCGGGAGGCGGAGCGGCUGCGGCUCAAGCACAUGGCUGACUACCCCGACUACAAGUACCGGCCCAGGAAGAAGGUGAAGUCCGGCAACGCCGGCUCGGGCUCCUCGGCCGCUGCCACUGCCGCCGCCGCCGCCGCCAAGACCGGGGACAAGGGCGACAAGGUCGGUGGCGGCAGCGGGGGAAGCAGCGGCGGGAGCGCGGCGGCGGGGGGCGGCGGCGGAGGGCGGCUGGCUGUGGUGGUGGGGGGCUUCGGCUCCAAGGUGGCGGGCGGUGCGGGGGCCCCCAAGCCGCACGCCAAGCUCGUCUUGGCCGGGGGCGGCGGGAAGGCGGCGGCCUCGUCGUCCUUCUCGGCAGAGCAGGCGGGGGCGGCCGCGCUGCUGCCCCUGGGCGCCGCCGCCGACCCCCACGCGCUGUUCAAGGCGCGGACUCCGGGAGCGCCCGCCGCCGCCGCCGCGCUGGCCAAACACCCGGCGGAGAAGAAGGCGAAGCGCGUGUACCUGUUCGGCGGCCUGGGCGCGCCCGCCUCGCCCGCUGACCCCAGCGACCCCCUGGGGCUGUACGAGGACGCGGGCGCCGGCCGAUCGCCCGCCAUGAAACCAGAGGAAAUGUGCUUAUGCCAGAACAAGAACUUGUUCUUCUCCUUCAUCUCGAACCUUCCCGGUUGA